UGGCCAAUAUGGCGGCCUUGUGUAUUGACGAAAAUAUCAAUUAUAUGGCGAAUGAAUGUGUUUACUCGAUCGAAGGAAGAUAAUGGCGACAGGUUUUUGUUUUAAUUUGUGAAUCGGACAGUCUUUCAACAUGUCGAUGAAUUACGUGGGAAGUAUCUCCAUCUUGGAUCGUGGAGAUGCUCCUGCCCGUGCCAUCAUUGACAAAAACAAACGAUCCCUGGCCCAGCGCAUCGCUGACGAGACCAAAGAUGAGCUGGAGAAGGUCAUGCACAGGGUUGAGGAUAUCUAUGAAUCCUAUGAACAGAGCACCCAGGACAUGUUUCUGACACACGGGGCAAAUGUGGAAUACAUAGAAGAUAUAAAAGAAUUGGAGGAGAUUUUGACUGAUCAACUUAAAAAGAAAAAGUAUGAACAAAGGGUGACAGUUUUCAUCGUGGGAUUUGAGAAUAUGUCCAAUCAGAGACUGCGACUUAUACAGCAGGUCAAUGAGUUCUUCAUGGAUGCCACAGCACCCCAGGAGGAAGAACCCCUGUUCUCCCCCUCCCCAGAUAUCAACAUCGAGGAGAUUGGCCAGUCCAUUGAGGAAACACUGGACUCGGCUGACCGACUCGCAGACAGACUCGGUGAACUCAACUCACAGAUGGUGGACUGGCUUACUAACUAUGCCAUCAACAAAGCCUCCUCAAAAACUAUAUCCAAUCUAGAGAACAUAAAAAGCAAACUUGCAGAUGAGGGAAAAAAGAAACUGGAAAAAGCACUAGACAAAGCGAAGGAUGAUCUGUCAGGACUAAGUGAGAAGUUACUCAAAUUACAGGGAGAAAUGGAGGUUAAGGAAGAAAAGGUACAACAGCUGCUAAAACAACUAGAAAUCAAGACAAACGACACACAGAAAUUCAGGACAGCUGCCGAGGCUGCAAAGAAAACCAUCCAAGAGCUAGAGGAUGCUAAAACAAAGAACGAGGCGGCCAUUAAGUCAAAAGAUGCACUGAUCAGGGACCUCAAUAGUAAAUUGUCUAUGUUGGAGCUGGAGGUCGGUCAAACAGAUUAUCUGUCUAAAAAGGACUCGGAACGCAACCAGGAGAAAAAUAUGGAUCUAAAGCCUGAGGAAUUGAAGAAGAAACUAGCAGAACUCCAGGAGGUAGUGGACACCAACAAAUCCAGUCUUUUUGAGGCCCAGAGAGACUGGCAGAAAUUACAUGACCAGCAGGUGGUGGCCCUGACAAAUGCUCAUAAAGAAGAAAUGGCAGAGAUGAAGGCAGCGUUUGAGGAGGAACUCAAGAAAACAAAGGAACAAAUCAGUGAAGCGGAACGCCAGGUAAUACAGGCUGAAAAAGAGGCUGCUCUCGCUGCUGAUCAGGCUGAUAAACUUCGACAAAAUUUGGUUGAGCUUCAACUCCGAGGUAAUUCUGCAGAAUCCAGAUUAGAGCCCGAGAUCCAGGACGAUGAUGCUUUACAACAGGGACCUGCAGGGAAAAACAGGGAGAGUCGGCCAAGCACAAAGUCCAGCAAACAGUCAGCCCCUCCCCCUCAGAAACAGAAGUCACCGGUCAAACCCCCACCCACCAUCACAAAGUCCCCAGUCAAGGUCAAAGAGACUGCAGAGUCCUCUGUCCAGGAUGAAGGGGGAGAUCACUCUUCUGCUCAUGUUGAGACACGACAGUCCAAGCGGAACAAGUCGACCCUUGACCCCGUCCCUGAAGCUGAGGUCAAGGUUCAGUUUGACAACCAGUUUGAGUUGACUGAUGAUACUUCCUGGGCUUCUGUACCCAAAGAUCAGAUCCCAGGGAGAUUUUCACAGUACAGGCAGUUGAGCCAACAGAGAAUAUCAGAGCUGGAGGAACAGUUGACCUUGACCUUAGCCAAAACCCAGAGGAAGGUCAAUACCCUUAAGUCACAGUUCCAGGAGCACAAGUCUAAAUGGGAGGCCGAAAGGAACAUUUUGAUAGAACAAGUGGAGCAAGCUCAAAAGCUGCAGACAGAAGCCGAGAAAGAGGCUGAUGACGCAAUGACACAGCUAGAGGAGUUUAUCAAUGAACAGGAGAAACUGGAGGAAGAAGAGGAAAGUAAGGCAUCAGAUAUUACCCGGCGGAUCAGUCAGCCCCUCCCCAAGGUCGUAACUCCUCCCCCCAAACAGGUGUCUCCUCCCCCACAAGUGGUUACCGAAGGAACAGACCAGGAACUGUCCAAUCUGAUGCAACAGACAGAUGAUGCUAAGUCGCAGAGACAGAAAUCCAGCUCCAGUCAUGUUUCGUCCGCGGAUCUGGAUGGAGACAUUGCACCCUGGCUGUUAUCCAGAGGAAAAUCCAGGAAAAACAGGCUAGAAUCCACCAGCUCCCAAUCCGAGGAUGACACAGAUGAACAAAAGCGAAAAUCCUCUCUCUCCAAAGCCAGCUUCCAUAGCAAGUCUGACAGACUGUACACCGAGAUUUCAAAAUUGACGGACCCUAAUGAAGAGGAUGAGGAUAAUGCUAUAGACAGUGAUAGCGAGCCUCUCUCUAGAAACAAGACAAAGUCACAGAGAAGCUUGAAAUCCAGAUCUUUAUCAAGGAAAAGCUUAUCUCAUGGUGAGUCAGGGCAUAAAUCCAUCUCUAGGAGGACAUCUCAGAGAAGUUUACAACCUGAGGGUGCCGAGACUGAGAUUUCUGAGAUAAGUCAGAAGAUGUCUUCUCAAGAGGAAGGCCAACUCUCAAGUCGAGAUAAAAGCUUGCUGUCGAGCAGAGGAAAGAGCCAGAUAUCAGCUCGAGAUAGGAGCGAGAUGUCAACUAGAGACAGGAGUGAGAGGUCAGGUGCAGAGGGACGAGUCUCGUCCAGACGUAAAAGUCUGAUUGAUGAUGGAGAACAACUAGACCCUGUCUCCAAGACAACCUCUAGAAGGAGUUCACGUGGAAAUAUUGCUGAUAAAGAAUCUCGUCAGAGCACUCAUCAGAGUUUCAGAAAAUCUCGCAACUCGGAAAAAUCUCGUUUCUCAGAGAAGCAAUCGAGACAAAGCACUCACUUCAGCUUCAAACCAGAAAUGGAAGAUGGAUCUGAGGAUGAGGAAGAAAUUGAAGAGGAAGUGGUCGAGGGCUCUAGGCGUACAACAGCCUCACGAGGACUGAGGAACCACAGCAAGAUGACAUCAAGGAAAACAACGUCCUCAAGAGGACUUAGGUCUGAGGAGGAAAUCCUGGGUCUUCCUGAUGAGGAAUAUUCAGAUGAGGAAUUUGACAAAGAAGGAAGGAGGAUGUCUGGGUUUGAUUUUGAGGAGAAGGUUGUCUCAAGGACGAGAUCCCAGCCACAGGUGAGGAUGACAUUAGAGGAUGUGGAUGCCUCGCGUAAGGUGGAUACUGCCCCAGGACACAUGAGGAGGAGGGGGAGUACCAGGGAGGAUAAACUUAGAUCAGAGGCAGAAGCAAGAAUAACGUCAGGAGCCAUGUCGGCGCCACCUGCUGUUGAACCACAGGAACCGUCUCCGAGAGUGGAGGAAGUCAGAAAGGCUCUUCAUUCUGGUCCGAGGACACCAAUGGGAUCCCCCCGUCCUCUAGAAAAUGGGGGGAGAGGGUUUAGGUCACAAUCCCAACUCCAGUAUGCUCUUCCAAUACAAGAAAUUUCAGAAGGAGGCAGUAGGGAGUCGGUUCAUUCUGCCCAUAGUUUUCUUCAUAGCCCUGAGUCUGGCCAUAAAGAUGCCUGGCUGACCCCUCGUGUGACCCCAGCUCAGGGUCGGGUCGUUCUCAGCACGUCACCAGGUUUUACCGAUGGAGCUGUCGAAGGGAGAGAACUCCCUCCUUCCCAAGAGGCUGCUGUUAACAAUGUGAAGUCCAUGUUAGAAGAAGAGAAUCUCUCCUCCGUGCAGAAUAGGACUCUGGAGUCGGUACGCAGCGCCCUGCAGAAGAUCAGUGCUGACCCGAUUCUGACUGAUGUCCAGCUGGAGCGGACACUGACCAUCAUUUCUCUGGCCAGUCAGCUGACAGAGGAAUCCAUACAGCUUGGCAUUCUGCCAGACACAAUGUUUGAUCAGUUUGCAGAUCUCAACUCGCGAGCCAUGUCUGAGCUCGGGAUCCUGGAGGACGAUUUUAGAGUCUCAGAGACACCCAAUUUACCUGUUGAACUAUUGCGACCUUUGACCCGAGAUUCUUUGAACACAAGAGAUGAGCCGUCCUCUAUGAUGACAUUCCUACAAGAGCUUUCAUACACCUCGCUCCAUCCCCUCCCCCCUCUCCACGGCUACCUUGGAUCCUCCCAAUCACAGCGGUACGGUCAGCAAAGGAGCAAUCUCUCCACCAGGGGGAGCCAGAAAGUCAUCUCCGCCCCUCACGGCAAACGGGAAAUGACCUUCGCUACCAUGGCAACAGGAGGGAGCUCUAUUAGGGACACUUUUACGUCAUCAUCAAAAGAUUCCUUUAAGUACUUUUUAGGAGCAGGGAAAACGACGGACUCCAUGAUAGCGCGUCAUGGUGGAGCAGACACAGAGUUAGAUAUAAUGAUGAUGGAUAGCGAGGUAAAUCCAUCCCGUGUCGGAUGUGAUGCCCAGACCCAGACUGACCCAGAACUCGGUGCCGAAUUGACAGAAGAUGAGAUUCGCUUGAGUUCAUCCCAGAGUCGCGCUUCACUGAGAAAUCAGUUUAGAAAUCGUCUAGAGGAAUCACGGUUGGCCGCAGAGGAACGGAGGUCUAAAUCCCCAGCUAUCUCAGUCCCCUCCCAGAGGUCUAUUGAAGACCAGCUUGUGGAGGAUGAUGACUUCCCUAUUCCAGAUGAAAUAAAAGAGGAAAUAGAGAUGGAGGAUAGGGGUACCUCGCCUCCCCCAGACGCACGCCGCCAGAGCACAGCAAUGUCCAAAAAGUUAGCAGAACAUCCAGUCGUGGGGGAGUACCUCAAGGCUUAUGAGGGCAUUGUCAUCUUCAAGGAAAACUUGUCCAGGGUCAUGCAGGAUAGAGAGUUUCUCCAGGCCAGUGAGCUGUUGCAGGAACUGGACUCAGUGAAGUUUGACAUGGACGCCAAAGUACAGCCCCAACUCGAGAACAUGACCAAAAAUGUAUACUAUACCCUUGAGGAGAUAAUGAGUGUUCUAAGCAGUAUGUUGUACAUCGAACGUGAGCCCAUCGUGUCUUCACUCAAUGGAAUGAUGGUGUCCAGGGAUCAGACUCGUAACUCAAUCCAGAACCGCGAGAAAUCCGCAGACUCGGGGCGGGGACAGACUGUCACAAGGGGGAGCAACCACUCGCUGUCGACAAGAUUCCCUCAGAGUGCCUCAUCAGAAGAGGCAUUCAAAGAGUUACAGCUAAAUUAUGAAAGAUUGCAACAGCAAUUGAAUGAGGAGUCGAAGAAACAUGAAGAACAGAUGAGACAUAACACUGUUGUUAUGAUGGAGAUGCAGGACACCAUUAACGAGUUACAGCGAGAGUUAAAUGCCCUUGGUAGAGUGUCUGGCCAGGAGAGGCCGCCAUCGGAUGGAGUCCAGCAGGCACCGCCUGAGUCGGCCAUUAUGUUUACGAGACUUGACUCUGAGAGAAAUGCCAAAAUCAUGAAGCGAGCAGUCAAUGACGAGAAACUGGAUGUUAAUAAGUACAAGGAUGCUGUAACUACCAUGGAUGAGUAUGUGAGUCUUCCGGCCAAAAGACUGGGUCACCUUGUCAGGAAGUAUGUCCAUCACAGCAGGAUGAAGGAAAUUGAAGAGCAUGUCAAGCAGAGUAAAAGUUUGGAUGAAAAUGUUUUCGAAAUUUUGGACAAAAUGGAAGGUCUGCAAAAUAAGAGGGCUAAGAGAUGGGCAGACAAAAUGGAUGGUAUGGGGUCGGAGCGUUUACGUCUUGCCAACCUUUUGAUGGAGACAUUAGACUCAAUAGAGCAGGAAUCUGGAAUAUUCCUUAUCAAACCCAUGUACUCUUACAGGGGGAGUCCUUUAGAUGUCGAUUACACUGAACUAUUGGCAGAGAUUAAGGAAAGGUAUGCCAGUAAACUGAGUCGUCCCACUCGACCCCACAGAGUAAUCUCCCCCUCAAGAGAGUUCAGCUCUUUUGCUCCUGCUCCCACCCCAGCCUCCAACAUCAGAGGUCUUACUCGACAAAUACAACAGACCACUGAUCCCCCACAGCAGGCAUUUUUUAGGAGGGAGAUUCCCCGCCCCCUGGAGGGGGAUGAGACGGGAUUGAUGGGCUCUCCGGCCCUGGCUAAUUACAACACCGCGGUACAACGACAGACAUGGAAUAUGAAUACAUCUUUGGCUAGGGGUGACCCUUCUGAUGUGAAUGCCAUGAACACUCCAAGAAUCCUAGAGCUGGAUAUAAACAGAAUGCUGAUUGGUCAAAAUACUAUAAGCUCUAAGUAUGGGUCCCCAGGGCUAACAGACGACAGGUUGAUAAAUGCCUCACAGAAUAACUUAAGAUCUUACGUCACUGUCAACCGACCAAUGGUCAACUCCACACGGCCAAGGUCAUUUACUGGUACAAAGGAAGUUCCAACAACUACCCCUGUAUCUCGUUCAAUCACCUCCAACAGUGCUGGGAACAAGCGAGUACGGCUCACAGAGUCUGAGAUGUCAACCCGACAUUCCAUCCCCAGCACACCGCCCUUACCUCCUAUCUCCACUCAAGACACAACAGAACAGGGACCCUUUAAAGAACCCCCUAGGAGCCCUCCAGGGUCAUCAUUAAGAGGAUCUCCAACCCCCCAAAACCACAUCAGGGAGGUUAUCUCACCACUGAAAUAGACUAAAAUAGACAAUUAACAUGUACUAAUUAGCAUCUUAAAUCUGAAAGGAAUGGAUCUGAGGCUUCUUUUUUCUUUGGAACUUUGCUGUAAGUCCAGCAAUUAUAGAAGCUGCCUUUCAGACGUGAUGGACUGUUUUAGAUGAUGAAGGAUAAUAUUCUUUCUGGAGAAUAAUUUAAUGUGGAUGAUUAAUUGAUUUUUUGGCAAGCAUGACCUAAUAGUACAACUUUGAUGUGAGUAAUGUGAAAUAGGCAUGGCUAGAUCAAGAUUUUUUGGAGUUUGUUUUUUGAUUGACAUAUUUAGCAAGAUUGUUAAUUAGCAAUUAAUAGACAUUGUCCUUAAAAGUCAAAUAUAAAAAGUCAAGGUUAAAUUGCUUUUUUUCUGGAAUGAAGAUGUUUGUUUGUUUGUUUGUUAAAUAUGUUAAUAAAAGAAAAUCUGAGUUGUAAGAGAAUCUGGUCUUGAAAGAUUUUAAUAGUGCUUUCUAUGUUAAUGUUUUCAGUGGUUUGUAUGCAGGUUAAACCUCCUUGUUUUUCUUAAAGAUAUGAAUUUUUUUGCUAAAUAACCUUUCAAUUUUGAAAAGAACCGUCCAUUCAAUACUUAGUUUAAGUCAACUUUUAUACUGAACAUUUUUUUUGAAUACAUGUACAAUGUCACAAAACAAACCUGAGAAAACCAAUAUUUUUUGACUAACUUGAUAUUAUAAUGAAGUAUUUUUUUUCUUAUCAGUAUUUCAAGAAUUUUUCAUAGUAAAAAAAUAUUUGUACAAGUUUUGUGACAAUUUUUUAAAACAUUUUGAAGAAUUUUUGCAUAUGUUAUAUUUAUUAAUAUUUUAUAUCCAUUUUAUUAUUAUUAUUUCGCUUGAUUAUGUGUCUCUUUUUUUUUUAAUCUAGAAUCUGUGAUAUUGAAAUCCACACCAAUUUCACCUUAAAAGAUUUUUUUAUUAAUUCACAAUCACUGACUUUUCAAGAUUCAUGAUGAAUGUUUAACUAGGAGUAAAAUAUCCACUAUAUAUAACGAUGUUAAUUUCAUACAACAUAUUGUUGGAUUUUGUGGUUGUUUGACUCUAGGAAACUUCAUAAGAAGUCUUACUCUUUAUGACCUUGCCAUGCCUUGAUGAACUAUUAUUGAUAUAAAUAACCAUAAAACAUCUAAAUACUGUGAUAUUUUUUUUGUCUGUUAAAUAAAUACAUUUGCUAAUGUGAA